GUUUAUUAAUUUAUUUAUUUUCUAAUAUUUUUGAUUUUUCUACUUUUGUUUUAUGCUAUUAUAAAAGUGCUGAAAACCAGAUUGGGUUGUGAAUAGUGUACAUAUUAUACAAAUAAUAAAAAAUAUAAAAUGGGUAAAAUUGUGUACGGGAUCAUAUUAGCUGUGGGUCUGGUGCUGGUUAUCGGUGGGGCCGUAAUCCUGGGAAUAUUACCCGGAAUUAUUAAAGACAAAAUAAAAGAGGAGGUGCCCAUAACUGAUGGCAGUGACGCGUAUGACCGGUGGCAGGAGACCCCGGUGCCCCUAUACAUGAAGUUCACAUUCUUUGAGCUCAAGAAUACCAACUAUACUAACCUACAGGACAUUGAGUUCGUAGAGAAGGGCCCGUAUGUCUUCAAAGAGACCAGAUUUAAGCAAAACAUCACGUUUUUAGACGACGACAAUCUGCUCUCAUAUCUAGAGAACAGGACCUAUGAGUUCAGUGCAAAGAUGUCCUGCAAGGGCUGCAAAGAGAAUGAUUCUGUCACUUUCAUCAACUUCCCUAUGAUGGGCAAAAACUUAUUAGAAAAAGAGUGGACGAUAUAUACGGGCAAAAAGGACACUGCUCAAAUCGGACAAAUGACAUCGUUUGAUCACAUGCCGUAUCUUGAAAAUCACAUGGAUAACACAUCCAUUUGGGAUAAGGACAUGACGAACACGACAUGUAAUAAACUGAAGGGAACGGACGGCACAAUGUUUAAGCCCGACCUCAAGAAAGACGAUGUCAUCUAUGCUUUCGAGCCGCAACUGUGCCGAACCGUUUACUUUGAUUACUGGAAGGAGAGUGAAGUGCAAAACAUCGAUACCUUGAGGUUCAGAGUUCCCAAACGAUACUCAGAGAAUCCAAACAUCAAUAAAGACAACACGUGUUAUUGUAUCCGCGAUGACAUCAAGAAGCAGUGCUCCCGUAAUGGUCUGCUGGAGAUCGCUCACUGCCAGCGCCGGUCAAUAGGCGCACCCAUCGUCAUGUCGUCCCCCUAUUGGAACAACGGUGACGACAGUCUACUCAAACAGUUCAACGUUGAGAUCAAACCACCGAAAGAGCGCAACGAUGAUAAUUAUGGCACUUAUCUCGAUAUCGAACCGAUGACCGGAACCACUCUCAGGGCAUACAAGAGAAUGCAAAUGAAUCUAAGAAUAUCGGGAACCGAUAAAUUCAAACCUUUUUUACCGCAACUAACAAAUACUAAGGACUAUACGAAGGAAUAUAUUGUACCCGCGUUUUGGGUCGAAGAGACGGCUGAGGCGGAUGAGGAACAAGCGGAUAAGUGGAAGUCAAUGGUGGGAACGCCUAAAAAAGUUGGAAAUGGUGUGUCCAUUGCGGCGUGUGUUGUGGGGGCUAUUAUGACAAUCGCUGCCAUUUACCUGUUUGAAGUGCCCAUAACUGAAGGCAGUGACGCGUAUGACCGAUGGCAGAAGACCCCGGUGCCCCUAUACAUGGCGUUCAGAUUUUUCACACUAAAAUAUACAAACUUUACUUCUCUCGAUGAUCUCCAGUUCCAAGAGAAGGGUCCAUAUGUUUACAAAGAGGAGAGAACUAAAGUGAACGUCAAUUUCACAGACGACGGCAAUCAGGCCUCGUAUUACGAACACAAAGUCUAUUCGUUUAGCGAAGGGAAAUCGUGUAAAGGGUGUAAAGAAAGUGACAAGCUCACUUUCAUUAACUUCCCAAUCUUGGGAAUAGCAUUCAACACUGGAUUCCAAGACAUAACUGGUGAUAUGGUCAAAUUCUAUUUCUCAACGCAAUUACAAUUAAAGAAUAUUCCCGUCAACGAGAGCCAACUCUUUAUAACGGCACCGGUAGUCGAUAUCUUAUUCACUGGCGUCCCGUAUAAGAUGUUUGAAAUCUUAAGUGGCAUGUCACCAGAUAUUCCAAAGAGAUAUGGUGUAUCCGAUGGCAAAAUAUUGGAUGAGGAAGAGUGGACAGUAUAUACUGGCAAAAAGGACAUUGCUCAAUUGGGACAAAUUACAUCGUUUGAUCAUAAAACUUCCCUAACAAAUGAGGAUAAAAAUCAUUCAGUCGUCUGGAAAAAGGAUACAAAAGCCGAGACAUGCAAUAAACUGAAGGGAACCGAUGGGUCCAUAUUCGCACCCGACCUCACCAAAGAUGAUAUAGUCUACGCGUUUGAACCGCAACUGUGCAGAACCGUUUACUUCAAGUACUGGAAAGAGACUUCGGUGCAAGACAUCGACACGUAUAGGUUCCGAGUGCCCAGGGACUAUUUCGAGAACCCCAAUAUCAAUGACAAAAACACGUGCUAUUGUCUGUACGAUGACAUUAAGAAGCAAUGUAGUCGUAGUGGUUUGCUCGACAUAUCCCACUGUCAGCGACGAUCAUUAGGCGGACCCAUCAUCAUGUCGUCCCCCUAUUGGAACAACGGUGACGACAGUCUACUCAACCAAUUCAAAGUGCCGAUUGUACCGCCACAAGAGCGCAACGAUGAUAAUUAUGGCACUCUUCUCGACAUCGAACCGAUGACGGGAAACACUCUGAGGGCGUACAGGAGAAUGCAAAUGAAUGUCAAAUUGUCGGGAAGUGAUGCUUAUAAAGACGUUAUGCCGGAAUUAACCAAAACUAAUAAGACUAAGGAAUAUAUUAUACCCGCGUUUUGGGUCGAAGAGACGGCUGAGGCUGAUGAGGAUCAGGCGGAUAAGUGGAAAUCAAUGGUGGGAACGCCUAAAAAGGUUGCAAAUGGUGUGUCCAUUGCGGCGUGUGUUGUGGGGGCUAUCAUGACAAUCGCUGCCAUUUACCUGUUUAUCAGAAACCGAUGAAAAACUAUUUAUUAGUUUAUUUAAUAGAAGUUUUCAAAGUAUUAUUCAUCACUUCAUUGUAUCACUUAAUUAAAGUAUCAUGGCAUUUGUACAAUUAUUACUUAUAUU